AUGGCGUUCGACCCAAAGAAGGCAACUCAGAAGGUCAACGAGGUCCUCGACUCAGCUAUCAAUUUGGCAACGGAGCAACAGCAUGCAACAUUAACACCGAUUCACCUGGCGAUUGUCCUGUUUGAGGAGCCCCAAGGUCUCGCCCGCAGCGCGGCAGUGCGCGCAGGAGGCGAAGAAGCAUGGCGCAGCUGCACUCGCGUGCUCCGGCGGCGCCUAAACAAACUACCCCGCGUUGAGCCAUCCCCUAGCACUGUCGUCCCUGGACGCGAGCUCUUCAAACUGCUUGCUGCCGCCACCAAAACACAAAAAGACCGAGGUGACGCCUACCUCGGCGCUGACACGCUGUUGGGCGCGGUCAUAGCCACCCCAGAGGUUUCCGAGUCCCUUGCCGAGGCCGGCGUCAGCCGUGCACAGCUGGAAUCCGCGCUACAAGAGGUCCGCAAGACGGGCGGCAACGGGCCACUCAACUCGCCGACCGCCGACGCGAACUUCGACGCACUGUGCAAGUACGGCACCGACAUGACAGCCAAUGCCGCGCGUGCAGAUCCCGUCAUUGGCCGCGACGAUGAGAUCCGGCGCGUGGUACGUGUGCUGUGUCGCCGUACCAAGAACAACCCCGUGCUGAUCGGCGACCCCGGGGUCGGCAAGACCGCCAUUGUAGAGGGCCUUGCGCAGCGGAUUGUCAAGGGCGACGUACCGGAGACGCUCCAGGGUGUCCGCCUGAUCGCCCUGGACAUGGGCUCCUUGGUCGCAGGCGCUAAAUUCCGCGGCGAGUUUGAGGAACGGCUGCGUGCCGUACUGACGGAAGUACAGCAGCAGGCAGGCAGGGUCGUACUCUUCAUCGACGAGCUGCACCUAGUUCUGGGGGCUGGCAAGGCUGGCGAUUCGGCCAUGGACGCCGCCAACCUGCUCAAGCCCAUGCUGGCCCGGGGGGAGUUACGAUGCAUCGGUGCCACCACGCUGGCCGAGUACCGGCAGCACAUCGAAAAGGACGCCGCUUUUGAACGACGCUUCCAGCAGGUGCUCGUCAAGGAGCCCAGUGUGGCCGACACGGUGGCGAUCCUGCGCGGCAUCAAGGAGCGCUACGAGGCGCAUCACGGGGUGCACAUCACCGACCGGGCGCUGGUGACGGCAGCGGAGCUCAGCGACCGGUACAUCACGACCAGGUUUUUGCCUGACAAGGCAAUUGACCUGGUCGACGAGGCCUGUGCGAAUAUGCGAGUGCAACUAGAUUCCAAGCCGGAACAGCUUGAUGCCCUGGAGCGGCAACGCAUCCGACUGCAAGUAGAAGCUGCGGCGCUGGCCAAGGAGAGAGAUGCGCUCAGCAAGAAGCGCGCUGCGGAGGUAGCGAGGGAGCUGGCGGCGCUAGAGGACGAGUUGCGGCCGCUGAUGUUGCGGUACACUCAGGAACGGGAGCGGUUGGAGCGGCUGCGGCGGUUGGCUCAGAAGCGGGACGACAUUCUGGUCAACAUUCAGCUGGCGGAACAACAUAAUAAUUUGGCGCGCAUUGCGGACCUUCGUUACGGCGCACUGCCGGAGGUUGACGAUGAGAUCAAGGCCCUGCGCGCCGCCCAGCCCGCCGACGCGAUGCUCUCGGAGGAGGUGGGCCCCGAUGAGAUUGCAGGCGUGGUAUCGCGGUGGACCGGCAUCCCGGUCUCCCGCCUGCGCCAAGCCGAGUGCGACAAGUUGAUGGAGCUGCGCGCCGCGCUGCAGCGGCGGGUGGUGGGGCAGGAGGCAGCGGUGGGCGCGGUGGCGGAUGCGGUGCUGCGCGCGCGCGCCGGCCUGGCGGCCCGCAACCGCGGCAGCAGCUUCCUGUUCCUGGGCCCUACUGGCGUAGGCAAGACGGAGCUGGCCAAGGCUCUUGCGGAGCUGCUGUUUGAUGACGAGCGCAUGCUGAUCCGCAUCGACAUGGGCGAGUACAUGGAGCGACACAGCGUCAGUCGCCUCAUUGGCGCGCCGCCAGGUUACGUAGGCCACGAGGAGGGCGGCCAGCUGGCAGAGGCUGUACGGCGGCGGCCGUACAGCGUCGUACUUUUCGACGAGGUCGAGAAGGCGCACGCCGAGGUCUUCAACGUGCUGCUGUCCAUUUUGGACGAUGGCCGAGUCACCGACUCUAAGGGCCGUACAGUUAACUUUGCAAACACCGUCAUCAUCCUCACCUCAAAUCUGGGUUCCGAAGCCCUGCUCCAAGCAGCUGCCCAUAACCACAACAUCAACAACAUCAACGAUAAGGCCCCGGCCGACCACAUAAAAACCGGCAUUGAUCCGUACCGCGAGGCACGACAAAGUGUUUUAUCCGAGGUUCGCCGUUUCUUCCGUCCGGAGUUCCUGAACCGCCUAGACGACAUUGUCGUCUUCGAGCCCCUCCAGCAGCAGCAGCUGAUUGGCAUUGCAGCCCUGCUUGGAAAAGAGCUCGCCAGUCGCCUGGCGCCGCGCAACAUUGGCCUGCGCUUCACCGACGCCGCGUUGUCGUAUGCCGUACAGCAAGCAUACGACCCGAUAUACGGCGCGCGGCCGCUUCGUCGGUGGAUGGAGCACGUAGUGAUUACGGAACUCAGUCGCAUGCUGAUUAGCGGAAGGAUAGGGGAUAACAGUGAUGUGGUCGUGGAUGUGGCGGCGGGUGGGAUGGGUGGAUACACGUACGAGGUGGCGGUGAAGGCGGCAGCGGAGGGCGCUGCCGCCGCCGGCGGUGGCGGCAAUGCCAGCUCGGCUGCUGAGUUGUUAAUGAAGCGCGCUCGGAUGGUGUUUCAGGGCAUAGGCCUGGAUGGCGACGACGAGGAGGAGAACGACGACGACCUGCAGAUGCGCGACUGA